CUCCCCCUGUCGGAGGAAGGGUAGCCUAGCUCUAGCACUGCACCCCCGGACCCUCAGACCUGAGGUGUGGCCUCGCGGCCACCCCCGCAGUCCAGCCGGGCACUCGGCCUCCCCCUGAGCUCAAUUAGGCCCUGCCUUCCCGAGCCAUGCACAGGGAGACACCCGCCCCGCAGCGGCCCCCCAGGCCUCCCUGCAGCACCCCGUAAUGCAAUCCACUGGGGCGGGGGAGGUGGUGGCGGCGGCGGCAGCAGCAGCAGCAGCUACGGUAGCGGCGACGGCGGCGGCGACAGCACUGCCCCAAUCUAGAGACAUCCAGAAAGAGGAGGAAAAUGGCUCCGAGCAGGGACCGCCUGCUGCACUUUGGGUUCAAGGCGACAAUGUUCUCAAAUAGUGAUGAAGCUGUAAUCAAUAAAAAACUUCCCAAAGAACUUCUAUUACGGAUAUUUUCUUUUCUGGAUGUUGUUACCUUGUGUCGCUGUGCUCAGGUCUCCAGGGCCUGGAAUGUUCUGGCUCUGGAUGGCAGUAACUGGCAGCGAAUUGACCUGUUUGAUUUCCAGAGGGAUAUUGAGGGUCGAGUAGUGGAGAAUAUUUCAAAACGAUGUGGGGGCUUUUUACGAAAGUUAAGUCUUCGUGGGUGUCUUGGAGUAGGAGACAAUGCAUUAAGGACCUUUGCUCAGAACUGUAGGAACAUUGAAGUACUAAAUCUAAAUGGGUGUACAAAGACUACAGACGCUACAUGUACUAGCCUCAGCAAGUUCUGUUCCAAACUCAGGCACCUUGACUUGGCUUCCUGUACAUCAAUAACAAACAUGUCUCUCAAAGCUCUGAGUGAGGGGUGUCCACUGUUGGAGCAGUUGAACAUUUCCUGGUGUGACCAAGUAACCAAGGAUGGCAUUCAAGCACUAGUAAGAGGCUGUGGGGGUCUCAAGGCCUUAUUCUUAAAAGGCUGCACACAGCUAGAAGAUGAAGCUCUCAAGUACAUAGGUGCACACUGUCCUGAACUGGUGACUUUGAACUUACAGACAUGCUUACAAAUCACAGAUGAAGGUCUCAUUACUAUUUGCAGAGGGUGCCAUAAGUUACAGUCCCUUUGUGCCUCUGGCUGCUCCAACAUCACAGAUGCCAUCCUGAAUGCUCUAGGUCAGAACUGCCCUCGACUUAGAAUAUUAGAAGUGGCAAGAUGUUCUCAAUUAACAGAUGUGGGCUUUACCACUCUGGCCAGAAAUUGCCAUGAACUUGAAAAGAUGGACCUGGAAGAAUGUGUUCAGAUAACAGAUAGCACAUUAAUCCAACUUUCUAUACAUUGUCCGCGACUUCAAGUAUUGAGUCUAUCUCACUGUGAGCUGAUCACAGACGAUGGAAUUCGUCACCUAGGAAAUGGGGCCUGUGCCCAUGACCAGUUGGAGGUGAUUGAGCUGGACAACUGCCCACUAAUCACAGACGCAUCCUUGGAGCAUUUGAAGAGCUGUCACAGCCUUGAGCGGAUAGAACUCUAUGACUGCCAGCAAAUCACACGGGCUGGAAUCAAGAGACUCAGGACCCACUUACCCAAUAUUAAAGUCCAUGCCUACUUCGCACCUGUCACUCCACCCCCAUCAGUAGGGGGCAGCAGACAGCGCUUCUGCAGAUGCUGCAUCAUCCUAUGACAAUGGAGGUGGUCAACUUUGGUGAACUGAGUAUUUAACUGACACUUCUAGAGUUACCGUGGAGUCUCUCCAGAGGAAGCAACCCGUGUUCUGGGCAAGGAUUACAAAGUGAGGGCAGUGUUCAGAUCCCCAGAGCCACACAUACAUAUGCAUACACACCCUCACCCACAUCCACUCUAGCUCUGUGACCAUGGGACUAAAGUUUGUGCUGGCUUUAAGUGGAUUGGUAAAACUUAACCAUUCCUGUUGGACAUGCCCAGAAGAAAAUCAUAGGCCAAGAUAGAGGGAGGGGGCAUUCCAGCAAACCCAUUGUUACUGCUACUGUGGUUUCUUUUAUUUUAUUAAAGGGUUUCUUUGGGAAUUUUAGAACAGUAACUGCAGUCCUCCAGAGUCAAGGGAAGCAUGGAAAAACAACAUAUGAUAUAUCCAGGGACCAGAAAGAAAAUUUAUUUGCAACCUAGAAAUGGUAACCAUCCAUUGUAAGAUGGCUACAGAGCUUCUGUGCUUCCUGUUUCUAUGCCAACAUGCUGAGCAUGCUCACAAAGAAGGCUUGUCCAUUCCUCUUGUGUUUUAGUAUUUGGCCCAGAAGUUUCUUAAAUGGCUACAUUGAAAUCACUGUGGUCCAAACAUGAUUACUUAUUCACCCAAAUUGUCUUUAUCUGUAUCAUACUUAUGCACCUGUCUUCCUUUCUCUGUUGCUCCCUCUUGCACUUUUCUCAGUCUGUCACAUCUGUUCAUAGUCUGUCUACUCACACUCAACUGUUACUCUUUUGCUCUUUUGUGUUUACAGUUUGCAUUUUGGAUGAUUAGUUGGGGUUAUCAAACAUUUUGAAAAAAAAAAACAUUAUCAAUAAAUAUUUUUAAUACUAAAUUUUACCAUUAGGGGACCCUGCCUGAAUCUUUGCCAAUCUGAAGGGAAAUUUUAACAAAAGUAAGAAAAGUUACAAGAAGAAAUCGAGCUAAAACUAUUUUGAUGAAAACAAACUUUGCCUUUUUGUUUCUGUUCUAUCUUGUGAUGAUACGUGAUAAUUUGCAUGAUGUCCCCAGUAUUCCCCCUACAAUUUUUUCCUGUCAAACUCCACUAACUUAUUAAAAGAGAAAUACAGUUAGUGAAGAGUAGAUGAGAAUAGAUGGUAGAUUCCAAAGCAGCCUGAAAGUCCCCACCACCCAAGCUCAGACAUUAAUGAUGAACAUUAUCAUAUGUUCACUGAAUGUAGGUGUGAUCACCUAACCUGUGUCUGUGAGGUUGUUUGGUUUAGCAGGAAUGCUGCUAGAGGAGCUGUGCAGACUAGCCAGUCAAUUUCUUUUUUUCCCUCAUUUCAGCUCAUCAGGGAUACAAGAAUGGCCAUAUAACACCGACAGUGUCAUAUCUAAUGUUGGUGCCUCAAAGGACCUGAUCUUUCAACCAUAUCUCUCCUCUCUCUGCUCCUGACUUCCUCUGAAUAGUGUGUGAAAAUAGCCAGGUGAAGGCAUUGGGGCAACUAAAAGAGCAUCUUGAGAGGAAUAGAGUUCAGUGUCUUCCCAGCUUGGUCACCAGACAUCAGAGCUGAGGGAAGGAGUUCAGAACCCAUGAUUCAGAGUCCAAGAAAAAGCCUCCUUCCCCCCGCCCCCCCCAAAAAAAAAAUCAUUGAGAACGAGGGAAAUAAAAUUGUUUCUAACACA